AAACGUAACAAUUCGUAGACCGGUCUGAUUUUCCGCCUCGUUAUUUUGUUGGAUUUUCUCCAUCCGGUAUUCAGACGGUUCCUUCUGAGACUCUGCAAGUUUAUUCUUCAGAAGAAUCCAAACUAAAAAAAUGGAAAAACGAGAGAGAUAAACAUAUUACAGAUCGCUGCCAUUCGCAGAGAAGUUUGCAAGUUCCCUCUCCUCCGCCAUUUUCCUGCUUCGAUCAACUACUGUUACUCUGGCCUUAACUUCAUUGGGCAUUCAACUGGCGCUGUUGGGGUUAGAUAGUUGAUUUCUGAUACCAUUUCCUGUAUUUGCUGGGAAUUUUUUUUUUCUAGGGUUUAUUUCGUUUACUCCUCUCGAGAUCUGCCACUCAAGAUUUGGUAUUGUUUGACGAGGAGCAGUCUUCUUCUAUUAGAUCGUGGAGUCGGAUAAAGCCUGAUUUUCAUGGAGGGAACUGGGGGUGAUGCCGCUUCAGCCGUGGCACCUCUGGCCAAAUGGAGAAGCGACUUCUCGAGGGCUUUUCAGUACUAUUUGGAUAGAUCUACUCCUCAUCCAGUCCAAAGGUGGCUGGGAACUCUUGGUGUUGCUGCCAUAUAUGUUUUGCGUGUUUUUUAUGUUCAAGGGUUUUACAUUGUGUCCUAUGGUCUGGGGAUAUAUGUUUUGAAUCUCUUGAUCGGGUUUCUGUCACCAAAGGUUGACCCAGAGCUGGAAGUUUUGGAUGGGGCAUCAUUGCCAACAAAAGGUUCAGAUGAAUUCAAGCCAUUCAUUCGCCGCCUCCCUGAGUUUAAGUUCUGGUAUUCAAUCACAAAGGCCUUCUUGAUAGCCUUUGGUAUGACUUUCUUCUCAAUGUUUGAUGUCCCUGUCUUUUGGCCUAUUUUGCUCUGCUACUGGGUGGUUCUAUUUGUUCUCACGAUGAAGCGACAGAUCCUACACAUGAUGAAAUAUAAGUACAUUCCUUUCAGCAUCGGUAAACAGAGGUACACUGGAAAGAAGUCUUCCCCAAGGGCUAGUAGUUUAUCCAGAGACUGAAGUUUGUUGAAUUCAUACACAUUAACGGGCGACGAGAAGGAAGAUUAAGGAAUUGUCUGAAAUUUCUUGGUUCUAGGGUAUCCCUAUGGGAAUUAGAACAUAUAUUUCAUGUCAUUAUGUGUGUUGAGAAGGUCAAAGUUCCUUUGUUGUUUGGGUAAGCUAGAUGGUCAGAGUUCACUCAUGCCUCUUCUGUGCAUAGAUAUAUGAUGAUGAUUCUUUGUUCCCCGGUGCCACAUUCAAAUGACAGGCCAUAUAAUUUGCUUUACUUAGAAGUCA